AUGGCGAAAGGGUGUUCGAAGUGCUGCAAAAAGGGUGUUGACGUCGAGACGCCGAAGACGGACGACGGCCCGUCGCCAUCGCCGUCGCAAACGAGCUCAGGAUUCAGACAGCACUCGUUGACGAAGCUCCUGGGGGGUGGAAAUCGGAGAAACUCGCAGGAGAGCGAGCGGACGCCCAGGGAUGAUCCAGAUACGCACUACGGGACGGCGGUGGAUGGCGCGACGGACGCGAAGGCUGAGAAACGAUUCAAUCCAAACUUAUUUAAGAAACGCGUGGGUGAUCAUUUAGCGGCGAUGGCAGCGUUGGGGGGGGAGCGACAGCCGCUGAUCGACGCGUCGGAGGAGGAUGAGUUGGAUGAGGCGGACGUCGAGCGAGCCGCGCGCCGGAAGAAACGCGAGGAGCGGAGGAAGCACAAGGACGAGGUCAAGGCUCGAGCGGCGGAAUUAAGGGCGACGCAGAGAAGGUGUUGGAUCGUACUCGUAUUGUUGGUCGUCGUGCUCAUCGUUGCCGUCGGAAUGCUGUUCGGCGACGUGAGGGAACACGUCUCCGGGAUUUGGCCCGCGGAGUCUCAGAACGCGUCGUUGUCGACGAACGAGUCAUCGAACGCGUCCAACGUGACGGUAUCGACGACCCAAACGACACGACCUGCGUUUGGAUCGCCCGCGCGGGAGGUAAAAGACACAGACGAUUGGAACGAUGCGUACGGAGACGACUCGGACGAGAUUGCCGAAGCAGGGAUCUCUCGCGUUGAUGGAGAAGACGCGUCGACGAGCGAGAAUUUCGACAUAGAGUGGAAUGACCCGCGUGUCCGCACGAUUUCACCCAAGGCUUGGCGUCGACACGAGCGCGAGUUAGAAAAACUGAAGCGAGAUGCGAGACGAAACGCCAAGGGCGAUGUAGAGCGCUGGGUCGAGGGCGCGCACAGAGUGGCUGGAGUCGGUGCGAACCCGUUGGAGGACGAGGAGGAUUACGUAGAUAGAUCUGUCGAGCGGGUCGAAACGUCUCCAGGUCUAAUCGUUGAGCGGCGUCGACGAGGAAAAGACGUCGACGGGACGGCUGACGCCUCAGAUGUGCUCAGGCAGUCGCAGGUGUCGAUUCUGUCGCACGGCUUGAUUGCGGACACAGCGAAUUCGGCUCAGAUGCUGAAGACGAUGACGAAGCAAGACGCGGAGGUACGCGGUGACAAAUCAGAAGAACCGACGGAUACCGCAGCCGCUGGUCGCGCGGAACGAAUACCCGCCGCGUUGCCGGAGGUGGAGUCGAGGACCGACGACGCGGAGGCAAAAGAAGACUUUGGCAUGUCCCAGCUGUUCAGGUCGCGCGAUGAGCCCGUCGUGCACGAGCGACAACCAGACCCAGAGUCAACAUUUUCUCUCGCGCCUCGGCGUGCAUUAGGAUGA